AUGCUUCCUUCUAUCCCAGUUCUAGCCGAGUACGGCAUCUCUCCUACCCAUGGCUUCCUUCCGGAUACUCUACCUUUAACUCGCCUGCCGGAUCCUUACUACAACAAGUGGGAGGCUAUCGCCGCCAACCUACAGGCUCUCAUUCUCAGUCGCAGGCUGCGCGGUGUUGUCGACAGACUACCAGUCCUCUCUACUAUCGGUCUUGAACAUGACGCCGAGUGGCGCCGCGCCUAUUCGCUGCUAGGUUUUAUGGCCCAUGGGUAUAUCUGGGGAGGUGAUUCACCAUCAGACCGUCUGCCAGCUUCUAUAUCAGUUCCAUUUCUAGAAAUCUCAGAGCACCUGGAAGUACCGCCAGUCGCCACUUAUGCCGCCGUCUGUCUCUGGAACUUUAAACCGCUCUUCGUUGACGAGGACAUUGACAACCUUGAGAAUCUCGCCACCCUCAACACAUAUACUGGAGCCCUCGAUGAAUCAUGGUUUUACCUCGUAUCUGUUGCUAUUGAAGCCCGCGGAGCUCCCAUUAUUCCUCUUAUGUUGACAGCCAUUGCUGCUGCCCGCCAUGGCGACACUGCGGCCGUCACUCGGUGUCUACGCACUUUUGCAGAGCGAUUGACAGACCUUACAACUAUUCUCCAAAGGAUGCAUGAGAGCUGUGACCCUACCAUCUUUUAUCACCGUAUUCGACCCUUCCUUGCUGGAAGUAAGAACAUGGCUGAGGCUGGCCUCCCGAACGGUGUGAUUUACGAGGAUGGUUCCGGCGAGGAGACAUAUCGGCAAUACAGUGGUGGUAGCAACGCUCAAAGCAGCUUGAUCCAAUUCUUUGAUGUCAUUCUCGGAAUUGAGCAUCGUCCAACAGGCGAGUCUCGCGAUCCAUCUUCCGAUUCUGAUCGCGGUCGCGCUUCCAACCGACACAAUUUCAUCAUGGAGAUGAGACGCUACAUGCCCGGACCUCAUGCGAGAUUCCUCAACGAUGUGUCUAGCGUAGCCAACAUCCGUGAGUACGUUGAGGAGCAUCAAUCCGACAAGCAGCUAUGUCUUGCGUACGAUGCAUGCCUGGCUAUGCUCAGUGCAUUCCGCGACAAGCACAUCAACAUCGUCACCCGCUACAUCAUCAACCCCUCGAAACAAGUCCGCGCCCGUAGUCGCUCAAGGAGUCCCGAGGUUACCCGAAACAAGGUCAACCUUGCUAUUGCAUCGCGCAAGAAUAAGGAUAACCAGAAGGGCACAGGUGGCACAGCCCUGAUUCCUUUCUUGAAGCAGGCGAGAGAUGAGACAGGCGAGCCUGCGGUUGAAGAGUGGACGAGGCGCUUCAUGAAGAGGAAGACGCACACCGAGGGUAAGAAUGACUUCUUCCUCGGCAAGACUCUUCCACAAGAUGUGAGCUUGACGGAAGAUGUGGAGAUCAAAGGUCUUGCAGGAUCAUGGACCAUGGAUGACGAGAUUGGUGGUAUUUGCUUAUACUAG